CGGACCCCGAGGGCAGCCUCCAAUGGGGAACACUUCCGGUGCUACGGCUGCCCCUGCCCCAAAGCUGCGCCAGGCCAGGACCAUGCCGUCUCCCCUCCCCCCCGUCGGCCGCCAACCCCCUCCACAUGCCCUCUCACCGAACAGCCCCCUCCCCCACCUCACGUGGCCGCACAGCGCCGGUCCUCAACGGCACAGGAGCCUCUGCCCUGUCUGGGCCGAUCUGGCCCCCGGCCCUCGCCCCGGCGUGGCCGCCUGGCGGCCUCUCCCGCGUGGCGGCCUCGCGGCUCGCCGUCCCCCGCCCUGCGUCGCUCCAACGUCACCCGGCCGGCCCCAACCGUCACCCUUCGCGCCGACCGGGCCCUGCGCCCGCCUCUCCACACCUCGCGCCGUUCCCUCACCGAACCCGUGCGGCGAUAGCCGCCGCUCCCUUCUGCCCCCCUCCCCGACCCCCGCGUAGUUCCGUCUCUCGUUCGUGGGCCCAAACCGAGGUUACGCGCAGGCGCGCCCUGCCCGCUCUCACCUCGCGCGAACGCACUGACUCAACCUGGUCCGCUCGCCGCGAGCCCAACUGCUGCCUCCGAACCCGCUACUGUGCUGCUACCGCCGCCGCCGCCGCCGCCUCUAGCGCCGCCGCCGCUGCUGCACACGGGUCUUAGUACGCAGGCGCCGACUCCCCACUGACCAACCAAGCAGCCCUAUGACAGCCGCGCAAGCGUGCUAGCUCGCUCUACAGGGCAACCCUUGCGGCUGCGCAAUACAGAACCCUGCACUCCACACCCUCCGAAGGAAACGCCUGGGUCUUAACGCAUGCGUGUUAGCAAUCCUAAACGCCCCUUCCAUCUCAGACGUCGUCCGUACGCUGGGUGUUGAAAAGACCACGCCACUGUGCUACUUGCAGCAUCAAGAACGCAUGCGUCUGAGCAGGCGCCACACCUCGGCUUUAACUGGAAUUGAACAACUCACAAACUCGUUUCAGAGAACCUGCCUAGUUAGGUGUGUUGCUCUUCCCGGGAUCACUGUCCCAGCUCUGCACGUGCUCAAGAGACCGCUUUCCAUGGGAGACUCUCUUCCCUCCCACGCUAGUGAGGUCGGAUUACUACCAUCUCCGCUUCUCUACUUUACACAACUUGUGCGCCAUAGUUUCAGUAUCCAGAACUGUCCGAUACAAGCCACCAUUUUGUCUAAUCCCUGGUUAGUAUUGAUCCCUAUGGUUCGCAUAGAAGCUUUUCCAUUCUAGAUCCUAAAUAAAGAGAAUUGCAUAGCGUUUCUGAUUGUUUUCCCCAA